AUGUCAUCUCUCUCUGAAGAGAUUCUGAAACUCUCCGAGUUGUUUACCAAUGGUAUCCUUUCACCUGAAGAGUUCAAAGCUGCCAAAGAGGCGGCAAUCAAACGCUACAAUUUACCGUCUGCGUCUCCCGCAGAGGACGUAAAGGAUCAUGUGAAAGAAGUAAAACAGCAUAUUCCCUUCUCACGUAUUAACAUUAGUGAAUUCGAUGAGGACGCUGCGGGGCAGGCAAACCGUGAGAAGGCUUAUGGUCUCAUGGAGACAAUUUUGCGUAAUCUUCAGUUUCAUCCAAUGGAACAGAAGUACAGACGGUUGCGUCUUGGCAACCCUGUGUUGCAAUCCCAAUUAUUUUCUGUUCCUGGAACUAUGACAUUUUUGGGAUCACUUGGAUUUAUAGUUGAAAGAGAUGAAGAGAAAAGAGAAGAAAAUAUGUGGCUUCCUGAUGUACCUCAGAAAAAUCUCUUGAAUGAGGCACUGGAAGCCAUUAACUUUCUUCGAAAUCGCGAUCGAGAAGCGCAAACCCAUACACGGGAUUACAUGCGUCUUCGACAGAAUCUUAGUCUUGCAGUGCGCCGCGAACGGUGGGAAAGAGCCAAAGCUGUGGGUGAAUUACGUACAUACAUUGCACAGGAGUUUUGUGCAGACGACGCCGGUGAUGGCCUUCAUACCUCUGCAUCAAAUUUGGAGAAACUCGAUAGCAUCCUGAGAAAUAUACUCCAUCACCCAACAGAGGGAAAGUACCGUAAGCUCCGACUUUGUAAUAAAUCGGUUUACCGAGCUGUGGUGCAACAGCGUGGAGGACUAGAACUUCUUCUUGAAUGCGCUGGAGCUGAAUUGGAAGAAGAGGGAGGAGGAGAGGCUUACCUGGUCUUCCGCGAGGGUGCCGUGACACAAGCUGAACUUGAGUCUGCCCUUAGGACGUUAGAAGAUUCUCAGCGAGCGGUGCAACAGGCACGCGAGGAUGCUAGCCGACGAGAACGGGAGGAAGCGUUGGAGUUAAUGCGCAAGGAGAUGCGCCGCGCAAGACAGCAAGAGGGUCUGCAAGUUAGACGCGGCACUAAGGAAGGGUCACAAGGAGGAGGUCCAGAGCAUCCAGAGGAAGAAGGACAUCAAUCAAGACGCCGCGUUCCCAUAGCAGAGGCGGUGCGUUAUCUUAUGGGAAAGGGAGAUGCAUGCGAAAAAUAUGGCAAAGAUGAGGAGGGGGAGGGGGAAGAAAACGAAGAAAGGAGGGAGUAA